AUACAGAUCAUUGCGUUUGUCCGUAAAGGAGAAACAUUAUAAGAAUAUCUGACAAAUUCAGUUUGUGCUGAAGAAGACAAUGUCUGACAAGACCGAAAAUCAAACCUCAGACCAUCCUGAUGCACACAGAGGUGAUGUUAAGACUGAAGUCACACUUAAUGCUGAACAUAGUAAUAAUCUGUAUGUAAAGAGUCAGCAGGAAGCUGUGAAGCAGGAAAUCAGUCGCAAUAUCAGUACAGGUGAUGUUAAGACUGAGGUCACACUUAAUGCUGAACAAACAAAUGAUCUGCACGUAGAGAGUCAGCAGGAAGCUGUGAAGCAGGAAAUCGGUGACAAUAUCAGUACAGGUGCAUUUACAAAUUUCAGUAAUCCUAGUCCUAGCCAUGAUGAAAAUACAGAUACUUGUUUCAAUCUUCUUCAAAAUCACAGAAGCAACAUGGGGAAAUUAUUUUUUGAAAAUUAUGAUUUUUUUACUAGGAAAUCAAAUCUUUUACGACAUCAGAAGAUUCAUACAGGAGAGAAAGCAUUUUCAUGUGUGGAAUGUGGGAAAUGUUUUGCUCAUAAAUUAACUCUUACUAUACAUCAGAAAAUUCAUAAAAGAGAGAAAGUAUUCUCAUGUUCUGAAUGUGGGAAAUGUUUUCCUAAUAAAUCAACUCUUACUACACAUCAGAAAAUUUAUACAGAAGAGAAAGCAUUUUCAUGUUCUGAAUGUGGGAAAUGUUUUGCUCUGAAAUCAACUCUUACUACACAUCAGAAAAUUCAUACAGGAGAGAAAUCAUUUUCAUGUUCUGAAUGUGGGAAAUGUUUUGCUCACAAAUCAACUCUUACUACACAUCAGAAAAUACAUACAGGAGAGAAAGAAUUUUCAUGUUCUGAAUGUGGGAAAUGUUUUGCUCUGAAAUCAACUCUUACUAAACAUCAGAAAAUACAUACAGGAGAGAAAGCAUUUUCAUGUUCUGAAUGUGGGAAAUGUUUUGCUCAGAAACCAACUCUUACUAAACAUCAGAAAAUACAUACAGGAGAGAAAGCAUUUUCAUGUUCUGAAUGUGGGAAAGGUUUUGCUCAGAAAUCAACUCUUACUAUACAUCAGAAAAUUCAUACAGGAGAGAAAGCAUUUUCAUGUGCUGAAUGUGGGAAAUGUUUUGCUUUAAAAUCUACUCUUACUACACAUCAGAAAAUACAUACAGGAGAGAAAGCAUUUUCAUGUACUGAAUGUGGGAAAUGUUUUGCUAUGAAAUCAAGUCUUACUAAUCAUCAGAAAACUCAUACAGGAGAGAAAGCAUUUUCAUGUGCUGAAUGUGGGAAAUGUUUUGCUCAGAAACCAACUCUUACUAAACAUCAGAAAAUACAUACAGGAGAGAAAGCAUUUUCAUGUUAUGAAUGUGGGAAAUGUUUUGCUUUUAAAUCAACUCUUACUAUACAUCAAAAAAUUCAUACAGGAGAGAAAGCAUUUUCAUGUGCUGAAUGUGGGAAAUGUUUUGCUUUAAAAUCUACUCUUAUUACACAUCAGAAAAUUCAUACAGGAGAGAAAGCAUUUUCAUGUGCUGAAUGUGGGAAAUGUUAUGCUUUGAAAUCAACUCUUACUAAUCAUCAGAAAACUCAUACAGGAGAGAAAACUUUCGUAAAGAUGUUAUUUGAUUUUGGCUUUGAUUCUAUUAUCACUUCUGUGACUGGAGGUAAAGAAGAUUUUCUUCCUCAGGACAAGACGGCCACGUUCCUCUACUCAGAAGCACGGCUCUGUCUGGAAGCACGCAAAAUGGCACAAUCCACAGCACUGGAGGACAUCUUUAAUAGAAAAAUGACUUACCAGGAGCGCAGGGAGGAGUUUACACCUGAUCAAGUACAAUCUAAUGAACUACGCUAUUUGUUUCUCACAAUGGAAAACCUGAGAGUUAAGGAACUCAAACUGUGUGAUACAACCUCUACCCCAAAAGAAGGGUCACCGGAAAGCUCAACUAGCUCUGAAAAUGAAGAACAGCAAACAGAACGAAAGGAUCUAGGAGCAAGACCUAAGACAAAACAACGAAGUGAAGCCAAAAAUGUACAAAAUGAAGAAGAAAAUACCCAGGUUCCAAAAAAGCCUGAACAACAAGUCCUGGAAAAAGGACUGGGCUUUGCUCCAACCACGGACUUUGACUUAUUUCGCACUAUUACUGAUAUUAAUAGUCUAGUUAGAAAAAUUGUUUUGAAAUGUCAUUUGGAUAAAAAUGAAAAUACUAACAAAGUAGACAACUCUACAAGUAGUCACUUAACAAAUGAACCACUUGCUCAGCUGACAAAGCCUAGCAUCUGUAAUCUAGAUGAACUUUCUAUUGUAGAUUUACAAACUGCUAAUAUUCUAGAGGCAAUGGCAGCUGAGUCAACAAGGGAGGUUGAACAUAUACAAACACACAAGAAAUACAACAAAACAUUAAGAUCCAAAAGUACAUUUUAUCCUAUACAAUCUAGGAACCAAUACAUAGAUAUGUUUCAAGAGAAAACACAGACAGAAUUGGUAGACUUAUAUGAAAAAACUAAAGCUCAACAAAGUAUCAAAUGUAAAAAUAGAACAAAUUUAACAAGACAACAACAAUUAGCCCUUAAAAAUCUACAAAACAAUGAUCUUAUUACAAUUACCCCAGCUGACAAGGGUGGAUCCAUUGUUAUACAAGACAAACAAGAUUACUAUGCUGAAGCAAUAAAACAGUUAAAUGACACUAAUACAUACACUCUACUUACUAGUGACCCUUCUACUAAAUAUCUAGAACAACUGGGCAAACUUCUAGACUGGGGCAAACAUUUGGGUAUCCUAGAUCAGAAAUUGUGUGACUAUUUGUACAAUCCUACCCCCACUAUUGCUAACUUUAGAAUUGUACCUAAAAUCCAUAAACAUCCAUCCUCACCACCAGGCAGACCCAUAGUAUCUGGGGUGGGGUCCCUAGGAGAAAAACUAGGAGAAUGGAUAGACAAUAUACUACAGCCUUUCGUCCACACAUUACCAGGGUACAUUAAAGAUACUACCCAUGUAUUACAAAAACUAGAAGAUAGAACUUGGAAUGAUAAUAAUAUGUGGCUCACUGUAGAUGUCUCUUCCCUUUACUCGUGCAUACCGCAUGAACUAGGGUUGAAAGCAAUUGAAUACCAUCUUUUAUUGAAAAGCACUUUUUCAUCAGAUCUAAUUGAAUUUAUUGUGGAGGCUGUAAACUUUUUGUUAACACACAAUUUUUUCAUAUUUGACUCUAAGUUAUACUUGCAAACAUGUGGUACUGCGAUAGAUGAUCUUCUAUUUAUCUGGCGUGGGAACAGUGAACAAUGCAAAGAAUUUGUGAAGUAUUUAAAUACUAAUGAUUUAAACCUAAGUUUCACUUUUCAAACUGACAAAUACAAAGCAAACUAUUUAGAUAUCCAACUAAAGGUCUCAGUGUUACACACAUCACUGACCAUGAACAAGAUGAAGAAGCUGCCUGAGUGGAUCCUGAAUCAUAUUCUGGAGAUUCUCUACCUGUUGACAGGAAAGCGUGUGACUAACUCACUGACAGCGAGUCACAUGACCGGGGACAAGAUGACAACAGAGAGGAUACUGACCCACACCCUGCAGAUCAUGUACCUGCUGACAGGGGAGGUGCCUAUAAAGUGUGAUGAUGUUGCUGUGUAUUUCUCUAUGGAGGAGUGGGAGUAUAUAGAGGGACACAAGGAGCUUUACAAGGACGCCAUGAUGGAGACUCACCAAGCACUAAGGACUAUGGAGACCCCAAGAAAUGAGAGCUCAGAAUUAACAGGUGACCGUGAUCAAAAUCUAGACACAGAAGCACAUAGAGAAUUUGUACAGAAUAUUCAGCCAUCAGAUGUAUCUGCAGGUGAAAAAGAUGCUAAGAUUUCAUGUAACACAGAACCAACAGAAGAUCAGUGGCUAAGAAAUAUGCCAGAACAAUCAGAGCAGGAAAUAUGUGACAAUAUAGGUAUAGGUGAAUUCACAAACUGCAAUAAUCCUAGUCAUGAUCGGAGUGCAGAUUGUGGGAAAUGUUUUCUUAAGAAAUCACAUCUUUUUAAACAUCUAAAAAUUUAUACAGGAGGAAAAGGAUUUUCAUGUUCUGGCUGUGGGAAAUGUUUUACUAAGAAAUCAAAUCUUAUUACGCAUCAGAAAAUUCAUACAGGGGAGAAAGCAUUUUCAUGUUCUGACUGCGGAAAAUGUUUUACUCUGAAAUCAACUCUUCUCACCCAUCAGAAAACUCAUACAGGAGAGAAAAGAUUUUCAUGUCCAGACUGUGGGAAAUGUUUUACUCUGAGAUCAAAUCUUAUUAGGCAUCAGAAAAUUCAUACAGGAGAGAAAGCAUUUUCAUGUUCUGACUGUGGUAAAUGUUUUACUCUGAAACUAACUCUUAUUAGGCAUCAGAAAAUUCAUACAGGGGAGAAAGGAUUUUCAUGCUCUGACUGUGGGAAAUGUUUUACUCAGAAAUCAAAUCUUAGUACACAUCAGAAAAUUCAUACAGGAGAGAAAGGAUUUUCGUGUUCUGACUGCGGGAAAUGUUUUACUCUGAAAUCUACUCUUCUUACGCAUCAGAAAACUCAUACAGGGGAGAAAGAAUUUGCAUGUUCUAAAUGUGGGAAAUGUUUUAAUCGGAAAUCAACUCUUAUUGGGCAUCAGAAAACUCAUAUUAAAAGAAAUCAGAGCUUAACCUCCUAAGUGCAGAGGGUAGCAUGUAGUUGUCAAUCCUAAAAUGGAAAAGACGUUUUACAGCGCUAAAAAGAUACCUAUAAAAAACAAACAGAAAAAGGUGCUCCUCCUAAAUAGCACCCAAAAAUAUACAAAGAAACAAAAGUAACCUUAUACAGGUGAAACUCGAAAAAUUAAAAUAUCGUGCAAAAGUUCAUUUAUUUCACU